CCACUCCCCGAAUCCUUUCUCUUUCUGUAAACACAUCCAAUUUUCUCAAAUCUUCAUGAACCAACUACCAGAUCCAUCAUAUUUUCUGAUGCGCACCCAUUCAUAUGUGUGUGUAUAUAUAUGGGCGUCCAAUUUAAACAAACCCAUUCAUCCAAGUUUAAUUGUUCUUUAAUUUUGUUCAAUUACAUACCUUGAUCCAGUCACAUAAUUCGAGCCAAAGGAUAAUGGAAUCCGCCGCCGAUCAACGCAAGUUCCACGUUCUGGCCGUGGACGACAGCAUCGUGGACCGGAAGCUGAUCGAGAGGCUGGUGAGGGCAGCUUGCGCCGGCGAAGAUGUGACCGUAACGGUGGUGGAUUCCGGGACGAAGGCCCUCCGGGUGGUGGAGGAAGCGGAGGUGAAUCUGAUCAUCACCGAUUACACCAUGCCCGGAAUGACCGGCUACGAUCUGCUCCGGGAGAUCAAGGGCUGCUCCGCCUUCAAACACAUCCCCGUUGUGGUGGUCUCGUCGGAGGACGUCCCGUCGAGGAUUCGUAGCUGCCUGUCGGAGGGCGCCGAGGAGUUCUGCCUCAAACCCGUACGGCUGUCCGACGUCAAGCCGCAUCUCUUGAACGCCGCCUGCAGAGGAAGGCCGGCGGCCGGACUGAAUCCCGCAAUUUGCGGAACCGCUUGAUUUAUCCAUUGUCUUACGGACUACUCUGUACUAAUGAACUACUAAUUAAUGC